CCUGUCGGGCAGAUCUUGGGUGGAGUUUCCUCAUCCCCGGUUUCCCGCAAAGAUAAACCGCUAAUCACUGUUGUCCUCUCUUGGGCGGAAGGCUCGGCGACGGCCCAGGCGUUGGUAGACUCUGGUGCUGGCGGGUUGUUUAUGGACAGUUCGUUUGCUGCCCAGUACUCCAUUCCUCUGCAGGCUCGAGUUACUCCAUUGGUCCUCGAGGCAAUAGAUGGCAGGCCCCUGCAACCACCGCAGGUUACCCACGAGACCCUGCCGGUUGAAGUAGCUACUUCACAGGGAGUUGGCCUGUUUCCAGGAUUUCUUCCACGCACUACUCUGUGGUUUUGGGAUAUCCCGCUUCAGAAGCACAAUCCGACCUUUGAUUGGUGGUCGGCCGAGAUUCUCUCAUGGUCUCCACAGUUUGGGGCCGGUUGCAUCCGCGGACCUGUUAAGGUGUUGUGUGCCUCCUCAGACUCUGUGUUGCCCACUGACUAUGGGGAGUACCUGGACGUGUUUGAC